AUGCGUUACGCUGUUCGUUUCGGGGCCUUCUGUUUGCUCUCCUCGACAACCAGCUUUGCAAUCUCUUCUGCUUUCCUCCCCCCCCCUUCUUUUGUACGAUCACUAGCUCGUCUAGCUGCAAGAGAGAUAAGAGCACGAACAAAAGGACAUUUAUAUAGAGUGCAGUAAUGGUAAGAGCAGAAGAGAAACGCUUUUAUUGAAA